AAUGGUGGUCGCAACAAGAAGGGCCGUGGCCACACCACCUUCAUGCGUUGCUCCAACUGUUCUCGCUGCGUCGCCAAGGAUAAGGCUAUCAAGCGAUUCACUGUGAGGAACAUGGUCGAGAGUGCCGCUGUGCGGGAUAUUAGUGAGGCUAGCGUUUACCCAGAAUACGCUAUUCCUAAGCUCUACAUUAAAAUCUGUUACUGUGUGUCGUGUGCUAUCCACUCCCACGUCGUCCGUGUGCGGUCUCGCGAGGGCCGUCGCAACCGUGCCCCUCCCCCACGAGUCCGGUGGAAGGAUGGCAAAAAGGUCAACCCGGCUGUCGCUGCUGCAGAGGAUGCAAAGGCGGCUGCUGCUGCGGGCAAGGCAUAA